CGAUCUCAUGUAUUGACGACGUUAAAAAUUCGACACAUGCGUCAUUCCUACUGUUUAGACUGGCGCUGACUGGGCACCUAUUGGAUUUCCCGAAGCGCGUCUGCACUUGUAAAAAUUGUUACUUAAUUUCACCAAAUCUCUAGAAAUUAUACAUUUUAUUUUCUUGUAUUGAGACAGAAAUAAACAAUAUUACACCAGAAAUGUUUCGUUGCAAUAUUUUAUAAUAUUUUAUUUAAAUUGUGAAAUGUCUCCUGGGGUGGAUGGUUCUUCCUAAAUUGUUAUUAUUUAAAUUAAAUCGAUUCCCAGUUAGAAUUAUAACAUAGUAAUGGGCAGUAUUCAAGAUUUAAAUUUUAAAAAUUGAUUCGCUUUGGGAAUAAUCAGCAAAAUAAAUGUCGUGAAUUUGAUUCGAUUUUGUGUUAUGUUUUGUGUUUUAUGACUCCAAUUUUGGAACAUUUAAACUCGGACGUACCCGUCAAAGCAACGUAUGUACAUUUUGUUGAUAGCCACUUUUCUAAUUUUCGCGGGGUUUUCAAAUUUUGUCACGUGACAAUUGUUGGCGGAAUGUUUGUGUUAUUACACUAUGAUCAUUAUGUUCCUGUUAUCAAUGCAAAAAUGUUGUUUUUCCAAUUGAAACUGUCUACGAAAACAUUGUUAUCAUUUUUUUAUCUAACGUAAAAGCGGACGCAAAUAAAACAUGUUUUUAUAAAGUAUUCAAGCGGCCUCCGCCAUGUACCACUACGACCAGGAAACGCGUAAACAAUUUUAUGAAUCCUUUGGAGAAACUGAAGAAACGGUAACUGAAUACAUAAACACAAUCAAACUAUGGCUAGAGAAACAAACCCACCUUCCCGAAAUCAUGGAUGAUACAAGAAUCCGAAACAUAUUGCAUUUGUGUAAAUUUAACGUGGAGAAGACAAAGGAAAAAAUCGAUAACUAUUACACCCUCAGGACCAAAUAUCCCAACGUUUUUAAUGGCAGCAACCCGAAAUUGCAAACAUUGAAAGAAACUAUGGCUACAAUACACUUAUGCAAUCACCCGAAGCUUCUGGAUGGUACUCAUAGGGUUGUGUUUGUGGGUCCUAAAAAGAAAAACGUGCUCGAUUCCGUCAAUGGAAUAAAAUUAUUUUUUUGUGUUUAUGAGAUCAGAUUGCAAGAGGAUUUGAUGAUCGACGAUAUUGUUAUUGUUGACAUGACCAACAUUACUUUCAGAGAUAUAUGUACAUUAUCACCUAGAAUGGUGCUAGCAGCUGUUAAAAUCUACAAAAAUACUUUCUCGAUGAGACUAAGAGCUUUGUAUUUUGUCAAUAGUCCCGCGUAUGUCUCGAUCUGGAUGGCACUUUUUAAAUUAUUUCUUCCGGUGAAAAUUUUUGGCAGGGUGAGCUCCCACAGGGACAGUGAAAUUUUGAAGGAGAUAUUUUCUCCCAAUGAUCUACCAAAGGAUUUUGGAGGAAGCGGGCCAUCGUUGCAUGAACUCGACGAAAUGAUGAAGCAAAAAUUCAUUGAGCAUCAGGACCGGUUCGACUUAUUGGAUACACUAAAAGUUGAUGAAAGUUUGAGACCGCAAACAUCAACUUAACUAAAAUCCAAUAAAGUGGGAUAGGCAACGAGCAAUACUGUUGACGUUGUUAGUGGUUUGACAGAAAACACGUUAACUUAAAAUAAAACAUUAGCAACUUUAUGUGCAA